GUGGGUUACAGCCUUCUCAGCUAGCACUCGAAUUUGUCGGUUAGUGUUGGUGCUGGUGCGUGGUUGUGAAAGUUGUGAUUCAUAGGAAUGCUAACGAGUGAUAUUACAAACGUGUAUAGUGAUAAUAUUCCUGUGUCUUCAAAUAUGGAAACCACUAGGAACUGCCUCAGGAGGAUUGCUCGUCACGACGAUACGGAAUUCUCAAAUCAGAGUAUAAUGAAUGUCAUGGAGAAAUUUGUGAAAGCUGUCAACGAUAUGGACGAGACGAUACUAGUUCCAUGCAGGCUCAUGGAUCUGAAAGUUGGAGAUGCUGGGGAUACUGUUGUAGAGAUGAAGGCUUCAUCGAAACAUGCAGGCAGUGGCAACAGUGGGAAACGAUGUAAGUCCACCCUAAAUGACAUGGCAUCCACUGAUCUGUACAACCUAUAUACGAUGGUCAACUGUGUCAAGAAUGAGCUCUUGUGGGGACAGAAUGUAGCACCAGAAGAAGAAGAUGAAAGGCAGAAAUCUCUGAAUGGUGGAAUUGGUUCAGUAACCCCAACUUCAGCUUCUUCUGGCUCUGUAAAGGGCCACCUCAGGCGUCCAUCAACAGUAUCUAUGACCUCAAUAAACUCCACAGCUUCCAUUUCAGACUCUGAUUCUGAUACAGGGAAUGAGAAUGAUUCUGGGAUAGAAGCCGAAGAAAAUAACGGACAAGGUUCCGACUACUCACUUCAAGUAGCCGAGAGUUUCCGCAGGCAUCUUCACGGGCUUCAUCAUUCCCUACAGCAAAUAACUGAAGCUGCUGUGUACCUGACAACGCGUUAUCAAAAUGAUGUUGGUGGAGCUGUGUGAUCGUUUCUGCACUCUAAGAAAACUGCAAAACCAAAGUCUAUGAUGGGUUGUUGAUGUUUACAAUAUUAGUCAGCAAGAAGUUAGUCUUAUGUUGGUGAAACUGAAGUUUAUAACUCAGGUUAGUUAAUUGGCAUUGAAAAAGAAAUUUCAAUUUUUGAUUUGUGUUAACAUUAUAUCAAUACAAGAAAAGAAAUAUGUUCAGUUGGUAGAAAUUCAUCUUCCCACUCCUGCAUGAUCAAUACUGAUUUCACCAAAGUGAGGUGGAGACAGAUUAAGCUUUAUGGACCGAAGUAUUUGUUAGUCUGCACAAAUUUUUCAAGGUAAAUAAAUAACUCUGUGGUAUUAAAAGUAUAUAACUUGCUCUUUAAUUGUGAUAUGGACAAGGUGAAGACUAUGCUUCUUAAGGACACAUUUUCUUCAGAUUCGUGUGCACAACAGUGUGUAAGUAAGUAGUAGUCACGUAAUAAGAUGUGUGUGUAUUUUUGCAAAUGCUAAUUGGUAAUUUAAUGUGUGAUCCUUUGAUGGGAGAAUGAGAAAGGGGUGCAAUUGUGCGAAUAGUUGUAUUAUUAUAACUUUCUGGUGGCAGUACAAAAUAGACACAUUGCCAAAUUCUGCAGGACAAAUGUAAACACAUCAGUGAAUAAUAUUUGCCAAUUUUAAUAUUAAAUUAAGCAGGAGCCAUUAAAAAAAAUCUGGAUAUCUAAAUUAGAUUAUUAACUCAACACUUUGAUUUUAUCAAGACUGAGCCCUUUUUCAACGUGGUGUACGCAAGAGACUAAAUGUGGUUUCAGAUCUUUAGAAGUGUUUCCUAACCAAAAGAAAAUAGGCAGAAAGAUAAAUCCAGUUUUUACGUGCUGAAGGGCGACAUUAUUAACGUAGUAGUUAAGGAAAUAUCAAAGAUGCGGGUCAUCAGUUUUCAUUUGAAAAAAAAACAAUACGGAAAGGAAUGUUCUUGUAAAAUUUACGUGUAUUUGUUUCAUUCUUUGGUGCAAUGGAAAUAAUUGUAUUAAGUUACUUAGAAUUGGAGUAGGAAUCCAAUUAGAAUUUUUAGAAAAUGGAAGUUCUUUUAUUCAUAUGCUAAUGAAUGAAUUAAAAGCUUUAAAGAUA